AUGUACUACAUUCUGAGAGAGUACUGCGUUUUAAAAGAUGUAGCAAAGAACUCAGGACUGGGGUUCAUCUGCGUUGCAUGUGAUCUGGGGUUUCGCGACCAGGACGUGCUCUACAGGCAUUUCGAUACUAUGAAGGGCCAAGACAACGUCCACAACGGAUUGUCCAAGAGAGAGGGAGAUUUCCCCCUAUUUUUGGAUAGCUAUAGGAUAGCUAUGGGCUGGGAAACCAUCUCAGAUGGUGAUUUUCCAAUCGAAUUCAAUCAAACGGGACGACGACCUGGACGUCGGCCAUUCUACACCUUCUUCGAAAUCGAGUUUGUCCUGGAAAAAAAGGGCGAGGUCAAAUUCAACACCCUGGAGAAGAGUCUUGCGAUCGUGGGGAGAAUUGUCAGGAAUGCCGAAAAGGAUUAUCUGUGUCCUCUCUGUUUGCUUCUCUGCAGCACCACCAAAGCGUUUUAUUAUCAUUGCGACCAAAUGGAGGAUGAAGUCCACACGGGCCUCGCGUACAAGGGCCCAGAUUGCCAACUGUUUCUUCCUCAUUACUUUACUGCCCUCAAGGCAACAGUACCGGAGAAAGUAUUGCCUUUGGGUAGGGGUCGACAGGGUGCAUACUCGUUCCAUGAGUGUUUCCGGCUGGAGUUCGUCAUGAGAUGGAAACAAGUGGAUUCGACCAAAGACCUUGGAGUAUGA